CAGCUGUCAAACAGAAACAAAAGGAACUUCAACUGGAGCACAUCCAAGACAAUAGCAACAGCAGCAGCAGCAGAAUCUAGAGCCGAUUACAAAUUCACUAUACAAAAUGAAGCUCACAUUGAUCCUGGCACUUUUGCUGGCUACAAUCAGCCUUAUACAGGCAGCACCUGGGAGCAAUCCCUAUCAGGCCAUCCAGUCUGCCUACGAUCUCAGCGGACACCCCGUGAGAGAGAAGCGUGCGAGCUAUCAGGACGACUAUUACAUCUGCUAUCCAAGCCGUGUGGUCUACGACUUCCAUAGCAUUCCCAGAUCCCUGGGCACACGUCGUCGUUACAAACCUCCAGACCAAGAGGUGGACUUACUCUAAGACUUGAGGAACACAGAUGGGAUACAAGUAAUAGUCAUUAGGAUACGCACAGGUGUUAAAAAUACUACAAUUAUUUAUUUAUUAUUAUGUGUACUAGAUAAAAAUAAAGAAAUUAAGAAACCUAAACUAAAA